UGGCAAAGUAUCUACUGGUUAGAAGUUUAGAGCUGAUGAAGAGCGCAGGAUAAGAAGAAGAUAUGCCAGUCCUUGUUCAACUCUGUGAGUCCUUCUCUCUUCUCAACCCAUCUUUACCCUUCAACAAUUUCAUUGUUUGCAAAACAAACCAUAACGGAGUUUUUUCAAGGUUUCCCGAAUGUGUAGUUGCUAAAUCCCCAAAACCAAACUCAGUUACCACCGCUGGGUCUUCCAAAACCCUGUUUCUCUCUGUGAAUACCCCUAUUUGGAGAAAAACCCAUGUCUCUUUUUGCUCAAAAAAUAAAAUCUUUGUAGAUUUUACGGCUACCAAUUUGCCCACAAGGCCUAAAAAUAAGCAUGAAAAUGAGAGAAUUGAAGAACUUGAAGAGCUUGAGUUGCUGAAUAGGCCUUCACCAACGCCGGUAAAUAAUGGGUCUGUCACGGAAGUAGAGGAUGAAUCUCGAAAACUUGAUGAAGAUGAGGUGUUGGAGCCUUUCUAUAAGUUCUUCAGGCCUACAGACUCAAUGGAGCAAGCAAAUGAGUCGGAAGAUAUUAAGGAGGACAGUUCAAGUGAGGACGAGAGUAAGAAGGUUAGUGUUGAGUAUUAUGAGCCGAAACCGGGUGAUUUUGUAGUGGGUGUUGUGGUUUCAGGCAACGAGAACAAGCUUGAUGUGAAUGUUGGGGCAGACUUGUUGGGCACAAUGUUGACUAAGGAAGUUUUGCCUUUGUAUGACAAAGAAUUGGAUUAUUUGUUGUGUGAUACGGAGAAGGAUGUGGAGGAGUUUAUGGUACGUGGGAAGAUGGGAAUUGUGAGGAAUGAGGAUGCAUUGAGUGGUGAACCAAUGGCUGGGAGGCCAGUUGUGGAGCCUGGAACUGUUUUGUUUGCUGAGAUUCUUGGGAGGACACUUAGUGGGAGGCCAUUGCUGUCAACAAGACGGUUCUUUAAGCGUAUCGCGUGGCAUCGAGUGAGGCAGAUUAAGCAGCUCAAUGAACCCAUUGAGGUUAGAAUUACAGAGUGGAAUACAGGGGGUCUCCUUACAAGGGUUGAGGGUUUGCGAGCUUUUAUUCCAAAAGCUGAGCUGAUUAAUAGAAUUAAGAACUUCACUGAGCUGAAAGAGAAUGUGGGCCGGCAGAUAUAUGUACAGAUUACUAGAAUAAAUGAAGAUACUAAUGACUUAAUACUCAGCGAGAAGGAAGCUUGGGAAAUGUUGCACCUUCAGGAAGGAACACUUCUGGAAGGAACAGUCAAGAAAAUUUUUCCCUAUGGUGCUCAGAUAAGGAUAGGUGAAACUAACAGAUGUGGGUUGCUGCAUAUAUCAAACAUCACUCAGGACCGAAUUACUUCUGUCAGUGACCUGCUAGCAGUUGGUGAGAAGGUUAUGGUUCUGGUUGUGAAGUCGGCGUUUCCUAAGAACAUAUCUCUCAGUACUGCUGACCUUGAAAGCGAACCAGGUUUAUUUGUAACAAACAAAGAGAAAUUAUUUUCUGAAGCUGAAAAGAUGGCAAAGAAGUACAGACAGAAGCUGCCAAUUUCAGCAACUCGUACAUUAGAACCUCUUCGUGACAACCCACCUUUUGAAAAUGAAGAUAGUUUGUAUUCAAAUUGGAAAUGGUUCAAAUUUGAACACGAUGAUGAACCAAUAUGAUCCAUCAAGGGUGCUCCAUGACUGUGAAGUUGAAAAGGGGAGGAAUGAAGUUGGAAACAGAGAACAAAGGCCUUCGGAAAUUACGUCUCCCACUCCCUG